CUCACUACGCCACACACCUGGAGGCGGCAUCUGCGCCCGGUGCAGAAUAGAAAACACUUUCUCCAAAAUUUUCGUGCAGCUUCCACGUCCCACUCAGGACCUCUCUCCAGAGGCCCCGGUGGCGCCCCUUCCCCACCCCAAGAUCCCCAAGAUCCCCGGAGGCCUGCAGGCGCUUUCACUACCUGCGCCUUCUCGCCAUCCCUGGCCCGCAUCAUGGGUCGCUCGUACGGAGGCCGGGUACUGACCGCGAUGACCCUGCUAGGCAUCCCAGCCGCCGUGCUGGUUGUGCUGGCUGCACAGCUGCUGUUCCAGCUCCAGGCGGGGUGUGCCGAGCUGCGAGGUGUGCGCACCGACCGGCUGCACGCGGAACUGGACCCGGACGCGGGGCUACCGGAAGCUGCGGCUGGGGCAUUGCUGCCGCUGGCGACUGCUCUGGCCGCGCUGGCACAAGUCCUUGGACUUAGCUGCCUGCUACUCGCCGCGCUCUGCGGACACCUGGGCGCCGAGCUGGCACGCGGCCCGGGGCCAGGCAGGUCAGACUGGUUUCUUUAUGACUGCCGUCUCCUCAGGCACUCUGCACUUGGCCUGUUCUGCUGUGGGGCCUCCGUCUACUUAGCAGCACUGGCCAUUUACACCCUGCUGCUCUUCGAGAUCGAGGCAGGGGCAGCAGCUGCAUCCAUCCUGGGUUCAGGUGCCCUGGUCCUGGUGGCAGUAAUGACUCACACCCUACUCCGGGCUCUUCGGGCCACUCGCCGGGGUCUCCACGAGCUGUCCCCACCAGCCUUUGAAGAUGAGCCAGCCCGGCCUUCAGAAGACUCCAAAACUGGCUGCAGGGCUCAGCCCCAGCAGGGUACCCAUUGCCAGACCCUCUAUGCCCUGUCCCGGGAACCUGGGGAUCCCUUUGGGCCCAUGACCACUGGUAUCACAUCCAGAAUCCUGGGGAGAGGCAGGGAAGGCAGUCUGCCUGCUUCUCCCCAACCCCAGACACAAUUGGCUGGAGUCACUCAUGAGACACAUAGCAUGCUGAGCCACAGGCCACUGGACACAGGAAAGGACACCACUCUGGUGUGAACUGGGAAUGGGGCAAAAAGACAAGACGAUGAUACCACAGAGAUAGGUCAGCUCAGCUCUUGUAGCCAUGGGCCUUCUUCCCUCUGAGUUUAUAGAAUCCUUGACUUAUGUCAAAGUUGCCUCCUGAGGCAAAACAGCUGCCAAUGCUCCAGCGUUUCCCUCCUUGCUAAGAGGGGUAACAAAGGCCAGGGGUGGAUAGGUAUUCUGAAGGCCUGGGAGACCUGGGGCCUUCUGCUUGCAUCUCACUGGGCUGACGUUGACAAACAACCAGACCUUGGUACAGGGGAGUCUGAGGAUGUAAACAAAAAAGGUUCUUUUAUAGAUGGGAGGGAGGGAGCUUGGGCUCUGACUCUCAGUGAUUCUCUAUCCAUCCAACAGAUGAGCCGGAGGCCUCAGUAGGGGCUGUGACUCACCAAGGUCCUCAUUCCUGAGCAUUGGGGCCUGGGCUGGCUCCCAGCUCCUGGGACCCCACUCCCAUGUUCCUGGAAGAAGGUUCAAGUCUUAGACCUCCACUUCCCGACACUCCCUGGGGAGUUGUGGACGUUUGAAAUUCGCAUGUGUGGAGCUCAGAGCAGCCCAAGACCAGGAGCAUUGAGGGAUGGCUGGAGUCUCACUAUGGGCCCAAGACUGAGUGGGUCUCGCUGCUGUGCUUCAGUUUCCUUAUCUGUAACAUAGAGACGGGAGAAGGGACGGGAGAAGCUGUACAAAGUAGACCCUCAGUACAUAUUAACCAUGUGUCUUAGUUGUAUUGUUGCUCUGCCUAUUUAACAAAAGCCACUAAAGAAAGAAAAGGCUUCUUCUGCUCCGAGCUCCAUGCCUAACCCUACGCAUUCUGCGAUAAAGUACCUUGAUACAAUCCACGUGGAGAGUCAGCAGGUCACAUGGGCCCAGUCAGAAGCAGAGAGAGAUGAAUGCUGCCUCAGGUCGUUCAGGAUGGGCUGACUGGUCUCAGCUAACCAGCCUAGAGACUGCACCCUCACAUGCCCGGAGGCCGGUCUCCAAGUGAUUCUGGAUCUGUUGCUGGCACUUGUGUGGAAGCAGGUGACUGACUCCUAAGGGAACGCUGAGGCCUACUCAGCCCAGAGGGCUCCACCCCUUUCCAGAAUGUACAGUGCCAGGAAUAAACUCAGAUGAUGGCUUG